AUGAUGUUUUUCAAACUGAUAACCCUAUUACUGCCAUUCAUUGGCUAUGCAAUUUACGAGAUUAAUCAACUGGAAGUAGAUCCUAUAGACUUUAGCUGCCAUUAUCGGAAGCAAAUUAAAGGAGAUCUUAAAAGUCUAUUUCCAUUUCUUACAAGUCCAUACGUAUUGGAAAAGUUAUUGCCAUGGCUAACAAGAUUUAACGAAACAGACAAACGAAUCAUUUCACCAGGAAAAUCAUACACAGCUGUCAUAAUAAUACCAAUAUUAGGCGAAAGAAGAAUUUAUGCUACUUUAACUAAUUAUAAACCUCUGAAACUUAUGGCGUUUGAAUUUUCUAAUGAUUACGUAAAACAAAAAAUAAUUAUUCAAAUGUGCAAUUAUCACGAUCGAUCGCUUUUACAAACGACUAUAUAUUUUCAACAAACUUCCCUAAUAUAUCAAUAUACCAUUGGAUAUAUUUUAAGGUCAGUGAUUAGAAAAAAACUUGAGAAAUCAACCAAAAAUUUAGCUACGAUGAUUGGCAGUUUGAUUGGUACGGAGACGAUUCCUCAUUUCGCAAGAAAACCAAUUUGA